AUGGCAAUGCUGACAAACAGAAAGAGCAAUGUCCAUUCUGCGUUAUCGUUGUGUGAUGUCAUGGCCAAACAUCCUCGCCAUCCCAGCUUGCUGCAUAUAAAGAAGCACAACGUCCAGGAAAGGAGAAAGAUAUUUGAGAAUAAUAGUUCCGAUGCGAGUCAAAAUGCUCUUUCACCAACCAUAAAAAAUUAUUCCACAAAUCAAAGUCAAGUCGAUGAUAUUAAACAGAGCAUUUCAGCUAAUCGAGCCAACGAUAACAAAGAAAGAAUACCAUUUUUCAUCAAAGAAAAAAUGGCAAACGAUAGAAAACAUUUUUUUGAUAUUCAAGAAAAUCUAGAUGACGAUACAGUCGAUAAUACGUAUCAGGAAUCUCGUUCGGAUUUUUCGAAAAAUAAGGAAGAAGAGGAAUUGUCAAACAAAUACAAUUACUGCACAAAUUUUUCAACAAAUCCAACUUUUAUAAAUGAAAAUAAUGAUUUAACCAGAAAACAAACUAAGACCUCAACAUCUUCAACAACAACAACAGCUCCACGAAAAGCUUUAUUUUUUGAUCAUGACUCUUCCGAUGAAAUUUUCAGCUACAAAAGUUGGCUUGAUAAAAAAGAAAGUGCCGAAAGGCUGAAAAAGUUAAAUAAAGAUGUCACAAACACCGACAAUUCAGAAAUAGACUCUCCAGAAAAAAGUCAUUACUCUUUGUUGAAUAAAAAUAGAUCGUCUACUUCUAACGACAACCAGAAAAAAGUCGAUGAAACGGCAACAAGUUUUUUAACAAAAAUUAAUUCAAUCUCUAAAAUAUAUGACUGCGAGCAAAGAUCUAACAUUGCAGAUGAUGCAUCGACGAACAUUAAACCAUUUCUAAAAGCCAGCCAAUCAAGAGUUAGCCAAUCAGGUACCAACCAAUCAUGCAACAACCAAUCGAGCCCUAGCCAACAGAGUACUAACCUAUCAAAAACCAGCAAGGAAACUUCACCAACAAUUAACACCAGCCCUGACGAUUUAAGACAUACCAAGUAUUUAAGAAGUGGUUCCAUUCCUGAUCACUUACCCCCAAAACCGCCGAGAUUACUUCAGAAUUUAACGUCAAACAAUCUAAAAGUAAGUAUGAUUAACAACACUUACUACAACGAAGGUGGUGAUGUAAACAACAACAACAGAAGCAAAAAGUCAUUAAACUCUUCACCAAUUUACGAAUUUCUCACAAACACUCAUUCGGCUAUGUUGCCGAGUUAUAAAACUGCAGAUGAGAAAAGCCCUGCAUGUCAAACAUCUAAAAGUUUCACAUUCCCAAAAGAAGGAUCACCCACAUCAGAAACUCUAGCGUCACUCAGCUACUGCAAAAGUGAUGAAGAAGAGGCUGAGGACAUGCUGAAUGAUAGGUCCGUGUACAUGAGAGGUUUUUCCAUUGAGGAAAGAUUUUACGUCAAAUCGAAAGUGAGUGACGCCUACGCAAUUUUGAGGAUGGAGCACCAGGGUAAUGACCCCUACUUCAACUCCCCGAUGGAUAACAACUCUAGAUCAUUUCAAGAAAACUCUUCAUAG